AAACUUUUUGACAAAUGUGUCAUUUUAUCCAAUAAUUUGUUCAUUCCAAAAAUGGUCUUGCGCAAAAAUAUUUUUCCCAGAACCAAAGGCGAAUAUCUCUCAACGGGCAGCAACGUAAUUUUUACCCCGCUAAAUUAUUAUGUCUUCAAUUUCGUCGUUUUGCCCCAAUAUUGGACCAUGUGGUCGGAGGAGUACACCAAGCACUUCAUCAUCAGCUCCUUCUUGACCUUCAUGAUGUGCUCGAACAUGCUGGCACUGGUCCUUUGCGAUACCACCGUCAAAGGGAGAUUCCCCGCACUAAAUAAAACCCGAAAGGACGAGUGGAAGUACUGCGACAAAUGCCAGACCUCCAUGCCUCCCAGGUCGUGGCAUUGCACCAUCUGCAACACUUGCAUCCUGAAGAGGGACCACCAUUGCUUCUUCACCAGCUGCUGCGUGGGAUUCCACAAUCACCGGCAUUUCAUGAUGUACUUGUUCUACACAGCGCUUACGACAAUGUACGCUAGUUACUUCAAUUUCCGAUACGCUUACGACACCACGGACGUCGAGUACACGUGGAUGACUCUGGUGAAGCUGUUAUUCCCGAUGCUGAGCGUGUUCUUCAUCAAAUGGUCCUUACACCAUCUCUAUUUGUUGGUCAUAUUCGAAACGUUCGCAUUCGGUUUGAUGUGCUGUUUCAUGCUGGUUUGGUGUGGAUAUUUCAUCUCGAGAAACAUGGUGAUAUUUGAUAAAGAGCACUCCAAACGGUACAGAAAGAGCGUGAUGGAGAACGUGCAAGUGGUGUUUGGAAGAAAGUGGUAUUUGGUGUGGCAGGGACCUUGGGUGUCGAGUGAGCUACCCUGUGAUGGUACUCACUGGGAUAAAUACAUGUAAUCGGAAUUGAAAAAUAAAUUUUUGCAAUCAG